AUGAAGAGUGCCACGAAUAUGUUUGAGUACGCAUUACGAAUAAUUCACUCGCAUUAUAAUGAAAGCAUGCUUACAUUUGGAGUGAAAGAGUACAGGGCCAUGGAUGGGAUAAUGAUUAUUUUCAUGCAAUCUAUUGUGUACAUUGCACUCUCAGCACUAUCCCUUGCCAUGAAUCCCAGGAAGAAGAAGUUUUCUACUAAACCAGGAAAGUCUGUGGAUACAGCUGGAAAAUAUUCCAGGGUAGUUAAACGGACUAAAACCACCGAUUAUGGGAUUGAUGAUAUAAGAAGCUCACACAGUUUAAGGGAGCACCUUAAUCAGUGCAGAUUAAUUAUAACCAUACUUGCACUGGUUGCUAUAAAUAUUUCAAAUAAGCUUAUGCUGUAUAAAAGCCUAGACCAUAUGUCAUACCCAAUGGUUGCUGUUAUUCGAUCAUUUAGACUAUUCCCUAGUCCUUUAAGUAUUAUUGGGAGUAUUGUAUCUUACAGAAUCCUUAUGUCUACGAGUAUGGCUACAAUUGGGAUAUUCAUAUACUUAUUCUCACCGGAAGAGGGUGUAGAGAGUAUUUACUACUUGAAGAAGUUAAAUGCGCUGGAUGAUCCAAGAGCCAUCCAAGAAUAUGAUAAAGUUAAGAUCGUCCGGAUGUCCCUUCGAUUUCUUUAUUUUUAUGCCAGAGAUGUUCUUUCCCCGUACGAUGCGUCUAAUGAAGAGGACGGGUUUAUUGAUAAAAUUAUAAAUAAUGAAUUGCCACUACAGGAUUAUUCCAGGCCUCUUAAAGAACAAGCCAGGACUUAUUACAGAACUCUGCUUUUAUUACACGGAGACAGAGGAAAUGAAAUUAUUGGUAAGGAAAGGAUUAAAACCGUAUUUAAGAAAAUCAUGGGAACAAAUGAUAAAUUGUACACUCCAGAGAUGAAUUACCUUGCACUGUCGUUCAUUAAAAUGAUAUCCACAGGGAAGAAUGAUUUGUACUUUCACGCAUUUUUAGAGAAAAGGAAGAUUAUCGCUGCAUCGUAUUUAGCAUUUCACUCUUUAAUGGAAGUGGCCAUGGAGACGGGACAGAUAAUUAUAUGCCAAGAGUUAGGAAUCCAGUCGGACCUUUUUGUGUUUGGGAUUAAUUUGUUAAGUGCAGUGAGCCUCUGCUUUAUUUUACUUCUGUACAGCUUCCAUGAGAGUGACUGGUCUCCAUCAUUCAAAAAGGAUAUAUUCAUUGCAUCAUGUGCACUUUACUACAUAAGAAGACUCUCCUCACAGGAAAGCUUUUUAUCCCAAAGGAAGGACAAUACAAGAAUGAGCCUUCAAAUUGGCAUGAAAUUCUUUUCUCUGUUUUUAUCUACUAUUUUCUACGGGCACAGUUUUACUAUAGGACAGAUUAUAGGUCUUGUCUUUAUGUUUACAUCCUACCUGAUCAAUAUAAACAUGCACUCAAUUCUUCUUGCCAGAUGGACACUUUCUGGUCACUUAAGAAAAAAGUGCGUAUAGACUAUUUACAUUGUGUAAUAAAAUAUGCGUAUGAAUAUGGUAUUCAGCACGCCCAAUAAUAAAUCUUAUCUUGUCCUG